AUGACGGACGAAAGCUUAGCGCCUUUUAACCGGAUUCGAAGGAGAUUGCCUCGGAAACAGCGUCCACAUGAAUCUUCCAGUAAAGCCAAUCGACAGCUGGUCAAGAGGAAUCCGCCGUCGUCUUCUGGUGGAACCGCCCUUCGAAUCUCUUCACCCAACACUUCCACUCAAAAUGAAACCAAUCGACAGCUGGUCAAGAGGAAUUCGCCGUCGUCUUCUGGUGGAACCGACAAAUCUUCCAGUAAAGCCAAUCGACAGCUGGUCAAGAGGAAUUCGCCGUCGUCUUCUGGUGGAACCGACCUCCGAAUCUCUUCACCCAACACUUCCACUCGAAAUGGAAUAAAGCCAAUCGACAGCUGGUCAAGAGGAAUUCGCCGUCGUCUUCUGGUGGAACCGACCUUCGAAUCCUCGCGUCAGCAUGAAUCUUCCAGUAAAACCAAUCGACAGCUGGUCAAGAGGAAUCCGCCGUCGUCUUCUGGUGGAACCGACCUUCGAAUCUCCUCAACCUAA